GAAGAGAGUGUUACAGACGGAAAGAAAAAGACAAGGGUUCAGAUAAGAUGUGAAGAAAGCCUUAGGGCUGGAGGGAUGCUGGCGCUCCACCUCACCAUUGAGGGUUAAACCACUGUUAACGAGUCAAGCUCACUCUUCCGAACUUCCCUCCGAGGCAAAGCUCCUCUCUGCCAGGCUGGACCCUCUUUCUGGAGGCUGUGUUCAGACCAGUGGACCAAGUGUUUAGGCAGAAAGAAGACAAAACAGAAGGUGCCCGUGGGAGGCAGGAGGCACACUGCAGGAAGAGGAGCUGCAUCCAUGUGUGCCCUGAGCGGUGACAUGUCAGGCCACAGCUUCUCUGUGGAGCUGCCUGACUGCUGAUGUACCUACCAGUCAGCAUCUCUUCCUGAGGACUCCACAGGCACCGUGUCAGUGCUUUUCAAGGGAUUUCAUUUUGGAAGACAUGGAUCUUGCUGCUAAUGAGAUCAGCAUCUAUGACAAACUCUCAGAGACUGUUGAUUUGGUGAGACAGACAGGCCAUCAAUGUGGAAUGUCAGAGAAGGCAAUCGAAAAGUUUAUCAGACAGCUCCUGGAAAAGAAUGAACCUCAAAGGGGACCACCCCAGUACCCUCUCCUUAUAGCCGUGUAUAAGGUCCUCCUAACUCUGGGAUUACUCUUGUUCACUGCCUACUUUGUAAUUCAGCCUUUUAGCUCAUUAGCACCUGAGCCCGUGCUUUCUGGAGCUCACACCUGGCGCUCACUCAUCCAUCACAUUCGGCUGAUGUCCUUGCCUAUUACCAAGAAGUAUAUGCCAGAGAAUAAGGGCGUUCCUCUGCAAGGAGGAGAGGAGGACAGACCCUUCCCAGACUUUGACCCCUGGGCAUCUAAUGAUUGUGAGCAGAACAAGUCAGAGCCCAUCCCUGCCAACUGCACCGGCUGUGCGCAGAUAUUGCCCCUCAAGGUCACCCUCCCCGAGGAUACUCCAAAGACUUUUGAGAGACUCCGUCCUCUGGUGAUCAAGACAGGACAGCCUCUGUUGUCUGCAGAGAUUCAGCGUUUCUCAUGCCAGUACCCUGAGGCCACAGAGGGCUUCACUGAGAGCUUUUUCACCAAGUGGUGGCGCUGCUUUCCUGAGAGGUGGUUCCCGUUUUCUUACCCAUGGAGAAGACCUCUGAACAGAUCACAAAUUUUACGGGAGCUUUUUCCUGUUUUUACCCAACUUCCAUUUCCAAAAGACGCCUCCUUAAACAAAUGCUUCCUGAUCCCCCCGGAGCCUGUGGUGGGUAGCAAGAUGCAUAAGGUACAUGACCUGUUUGCUGUUGGCAGCGGGGAGGCCAUGCUGCAGCUCAUCCCGCCCUUCCAGUGCCGGAGACACUGUCAGUCGGUGGCCAUGCCCAUAGAGCCUGGGGAUAUUGGCUAUGCCGGUGCUGCCCACUGGAAGGUCCACAUUGUAGCCAGAGGGGUCCAGCCUUUGGUCAUCUGCGAUGGAACCACUCUCUCAGAACUGUAGGAAACAACUGCUUGAAGAGCUGAAAACCAGGCUGAAGAGAGUGGGGAGCGGGGAAUAAAACACUGAAACACUUUC